UCUGAUUCCGACUCACCCUCCAGCGCACAGUGAAAAAGAAGAAUAGGCUACAACAAUAAUAAAAGACGGAUGCACGUAGCGUCAGAGGGGCUGUUGGAGGAGGGAAGGAGAGAGGGGCCAAAACAGCGCCUCGUUUGUGAAGCCGGACCGACAUAAGCUGCUGCCUGCCUCCGCGGUCGCAAACGAGCACCAUCGCCAGCAUUUCUUUUUUUUUUUUUUUUGCAAAACCCCAGAAAUACCACAGCAGCUGAAGAAGAUGCUCCACUGCCAUCGCGUCUCGUUCAACAUCAUGGAUACCGGGGCGCACCGGGGUUGACGACGUGUUAUCCAGCUCCGAAAAGAUGAACCGUUCCCUGGCGUCAGCUCUUCAUUGUAAUAUGUAGCGCGGAUUGGCUUGAAAGCGCGUUUGAAGCCCCCCCAACACGUAAAGCCUCGUUGAACGUCGUGGCACAACCUUCUGUAUCCACCUUGAACUUCCCAUGUGACGCCUCGGUGCCCCGUGUUAAGUUAGCGCAGUCACAGGGAGCUGUCCGCGGUGCUGGACGAGUCAUCCAAGAGUUGACCUUCUCUGGAGACAAACACACGAGCCCCCUUUUAGAGUUUAAGGUGGUAAAGCAGGCCACCGCACACGGACAGCUGCUUGGCUUGACUGGGAUCAGCCAAACAAUCUGCUCUUUCAUGGCUGUGGCACGCAAAAUCAAAACUUUACUGACAGUGAAUAUUUUAGUCUUUGUUGGGAUUAUCUUGUUUUCGGUCUACUGCAGGAUACAGGACCGAUCCGAGGAGCUGAUUCAGUUAGGGAGGCUUACUGACCAGAGGUUACGGGGAAGAAAUGGCAAAGUUUCCAACUUGGUAGACAGGCAGUCCAUUCUGCAGAGGCUGGAGAGGCUGGAGGAUGUUGUCUACAAUCAGCUCAAUGGUCUGGCCAAGCCCAUGGGGUUGGUGGAGGGUCCCGGAGGUUUGGGGCAGGGGGGAGCUGCUGCCACUCUGGGGGAAGACAGUCGUGACGCGGAGGGCAAGUACGAGGAGUAUGGGUACAACGCCCAGCUCAGCGACCGCAUCUCUCUGGACAGGAGCAUCCCAGACUACAGGCCCAAAAAGUGUAAGCAGCUGACGUACCCUGAGGACUUGCCUCAGAUUUCGGUGGUCUUCAUCUUUGUGAAUGAGGCUCUGUCUGUGAUCCUGCGCUCCGUCCACAGUGUUGUGAACCACACACCAGCACAUCUGCUCAAAGAGAUCAUCCUGGUCGACGACAACAGCGACAGUGUUGAGCUAAAGUUCAACCUGGACCAGUACGUGAACAAGCGUUACCCAGGUUUGGUGAAGAUCGUGAGGAACAGCAAACGUGAGGGUCUCAUCAGAGCCAGGAUUCAUGGUUGGAACGCCGCCACAGCUCCUGUUGUCGGCUUCUUCGAUGCUCAUGUCGAGUUCAACACCGGUUGGGCUGAACCCAUCCUGACCCGCAUGAAGGAAGACCACACACGCAUCAUCCUGCCCGCCAUCGACAACAUCAAAUACAACACCUUCGAGGUGCAACAAUAUGCCAACGCGGCCCACGGUUACAACUGGGGCCUGUGGUGCAUGUACAUCAUACCCCCGCAGGAGUGGCUGGAUAAGGGCGACGAGACUGCCCCCAUCAGAACUCCUGCUAUGAUCGGCUGCUCUUUUGUGGUAGACCGAGAAUACUUUGGGCAGAUCGGACUACUGGACCCCGGCAUGGAGGUCUACGGCGGAGAGAACAUCGAGCUAGGGAUGAGGGUGUGGCAAUGCGGAGGCAGUAUGGAGGUCCUGCCCUGUGCCCGAGUGGCUCACAUUGAGCGCACGAAGAAGCCCUACAACAAUGACAUCGAUUACUACGCCAAACGCAACGCCCUGAGAGCCGCCGAGGUGUGGAUGGAUGAAUACAAAUCUCAUGUCUACAUGGCCUGGAACAUUCCCAUGAACAACCCGGGUGUUGAUUUUGGGGAUGUUUCGGAGCGCCUGGCCCUGAGGAAGAAGCUGCAGUGUCGGAGUUUCCGCUGGUACCUUGAACACGUCUACCCCGAAAUGAGGAUCUACAACAACACCAUCACAUACGGAGAGGUAAGGAACAGCAAAGCCAGCGGGUACUGUCUGGACCAGGGCUCAGAGGACGACGACAAGGCAAUACUCUACCCUUGCCACGGCAUGUCAUCACAGCUGGCUCGGUACUCCACUGAGGGCCUUCUGCAGCUGGGGCCCCUGGGCUCCACCACCUUCCUCCCUGACACCAAAUGUCUGAUUGACGACGGCAGAGGACGCACCCCCAGCCUCAAGAAGUGUGAGGCUGUGACGAGGAGUUCCCAGCGCCUCUGGGACUUCACACAGAACGGCCCCAUCAUCAGCAGGGACACUGGUCGGUGCUUGGAGGUGGAAAUGUCCAAAGACGCUAACUUCGGCCUGCGCCUUGUGGUCCAGCGCUGCUCGGGUCAGAAGUGGAUGAUCCGAAACUGGAUUAAACACCCGCGGCACUGACUGAGGCGCCGAUGAGCUAAUGUGCGCCACCGAGACACUGCUGGGGGCUUUGUGUUGCAGGUGGAUUGCAAACUGCGGGGGUCCAGCUGCUGUUAGCGUGUUAGCUUGUGGUAUCUCUCUCCACACACACGCUAAGCUACCCUCAGGCCAUGGAGCGCUAACACAUCUUAAGAAGCUCAAGCUAGGGCAGCAUACAGACACCUUACAAAUACUACGUCAAAUGACCCAUAGCUUUGACUGUAGGCUACAUGUACAAAAUAAUAAAACGUGUACGCAGCUUCUGAAAAUGGGUCGUAGAGAUUGUCAAUUUUCUACGUUAAAACAAGAAGGAGUGUGUCAGUGUGUGUGUUAUUUUUGAAGUGAAAUCGGAAAAAAAAAGGUAUAAUUGCUGUCGAUCGCCAUAUCAAAGUGAUUAUUUUGGGGUAUGAUUUGGAAAAUUGCUUUGGACAUAUUGCGCGGCCCUGGCGAAGAACUGUAAUAGGUUUCUAAGGGGCUCGUUGUCUGGUGACGGUGGAGACGUCCUCACGCGCGCCCACACAAACUACACUCCAGCUCAGUGUUACUUUGGACAGUAUUGCUCACGGCAGACCAGAGCAAUCGAGUGCCUUUUCCUCAUCUUUCUGCUUCAUCAGACCAGGGAAUGUGACUCCCGAAAGCAUGUAC